UACUUAAUUGAAAAGUGUUACCUUUUCUCUCGUUUCCCUAAUGGUAAUAAAAACUAAGUGUCUUUAAGCAAAUAAGUGAACUGUAAUAAAGGCCGCAUCUCCUGAAAAAGCCAAAGUGCGGCUCUGGGUUUUUGCUAGUGUUAGUAUUUGCGUUCAAGCUAUUAACCCGUUUAUUAUAGUCAAUUACUAGGCAAUAUAAUUGACCCGACUCCCGAGACUAUUUAUAAUCGGAGGCCUGAAGUUGGAUGGAAAGCAUCAAUGGCAGCAUGCCAGAAUCAAUCCGGAAGAGGCGACUAGAGCUCUGCCCUCUUUCCGCACCACUUAUUAAAGGUACCUUAGUUUUCAGUUACAGAUACCGACAAGUUAUCAGUGAUAAGAAAACUGGUAGUACAUUUUUAAGUGAUAAGAAAACUAGUAGACAGUAGUCAAAUUUCAAAAUACCAUCGAAUGGCCAAGUGACAUAUGAAAUGUAAAAUCUAUUACUCUGAGACCUCGUAUUUUACAACAAUAUAGUAAUUUGCAAAAGAAUCUUGUGUAUUAUUACAUCAUAAUGCAGUGUCAUAGAUCCAGCUGAAUAUCGUGUAUAAACAUAAUUUUAGAAUAUUGUACCUUGGUGCUUAAGAGUUAAAUAAUCGCAUUACGGCUUAUAACCUGAACAGAUUAAAGUAAUGAUGUUCAAAAAUCUAAAUCGAUCGCUAAAUUCAAAAUAUAUGUUGUUUUUAUAAAAUUUUACAAUGAUUCGAGUUAAAGAGAAAAUACGGUAUGAUGUAAAUGUUCAUCGUGAAAAAAAUAAACUUAUUCUUUUGAACGCUAGACGUGGAAUCACAUUUGACGAGAACGAUGAUAAAAAUGAUACGUUUACUAUUCAAGACGUGCACAAUAUUGCGUUGGAAAUUAAAAAGAAAAAAACAAUCACUAGAAAUCAUUUAAAAUUAUUGAAACACGCGUUUCUUAAUGGCCAAGAGUUUAUUCUGGAAUUUUUUCGAGUACAAGGAGCAUUCGAUUCGUUACUUCACUACACGUCAAGUAAUGACGAUGCUUUACAACUUGCAGCUUUUGAAUGCUUUUGUAACAUGUCUUUAGGUGAUAAUAAAACUUGCAUUAAGUUGGCUAAAUUAAUUACUCCGUACUUAAUGGUGCAUAUAAACAGUUUAAACUUUAACAUAUCAUCUAUUUCUAUAUGGACUUUAGGAAACAUAAGUGAUUCGAGUGAAACGGCUUGUGUCUUACUCCAAAAUCAAAACUUUUUUGAAGCUUUGGUUAAUUGUUUAAAAAAUUCAACAUGUGAUGAAGUUAUUCAAAACACAUUUUAUGCUUUGAAACUCAUGCUUAAAACCUACAUUUCUCAGUUGAAGAUAGAGAUACUAAACGAUUUGCUGCAAACUUGUUUAGAACGAUCAAAAACGUGGAAAGAAUCAUUUUGGAUUAUAUAUCAAAUAAGCUGUAGACAAGAUUUCGCUUUACACGACGACCACCUAAUGCGACAUUUGUUAAACAGUAUACAUUCCGACGAUGAAUUAGUUGACAUAAAAUUUUUAAUACCUAUUUUGAGAACAUUUGGUAAUAUCAUAGCUCUAGACCAAAGUAAUAAUUCAGCAAAUACAUUUUUGUUUGCGUUGAAAAGUCAAGGACCUAUCAUAAGACAUAUUUUAAUUCAAAACAAAUCGAUAAAUCUAAGUAAUGAAUGUGCGUGGCUUCUUGGUAAUGUGUUUAAUUCGCUACAUAUUAAUAAUUUUAAUGACAACAAUGUGAUAAAUGCAGAUUAUUUUGAAGAAGUUUGCAGUUAUUUUUUUGUAUAGAUUUAAGUGUACAUUUUUGUAUAAAUUUUAGUUAAACAUACUGUACAUCAUUUUUUUUUUUUGCAAUUAAAGAUAUAAUUAAUAAUUUUUUAAA